CCAUAGAUAAAGAAACCAACCACAGUUUGACUUUGACAUAUUCAUUUGUGCCAUUGACAGAUCCGUAGAAACGCGAAUUUUUGUUUCUUUGUUUCCGCCGGUCAGUGUCUUUUAUUGUUUUUUGUUAUUUCUUGAUUAUAUUUGGACAAUGACAGCAAGAGGACGGACAAGUAAUCUUAACAAUGAAUGGGAUAUGAAUGAUGAUUUUAAUAAUACAACAUGUGACUCGCAAUACCCUGACGAGAAUGCCAGCGGUGGCGCUCAGUAUGACCACUGCAGACUGUACAUACGCAACAUUCCCAAAGCCCUCAACGACGAGGGCCUCCGCACCGCCUUCUCCAAGUUCGGCACUCUCACCGAGGUGUUCCUCAGCAAGGACCAGCUCAAGAAGUAUGCUCUUGUGCGGUACGAGACUCCUGGAGAAGCCAAGUUAGCCAUGACUAAGCUAAAUAACACGGAACCACUUGGACUCAACAUUCGUAUAGCUCAUAAGCCCAAAUCCGAGCAAAGAAGAGAUGAUAGAGAACCCAGGCAUAGCAUCGACCGAGUCAACAGCAGUUCUUACACUCGGAACAACAGAGAAGAAGACACUGCCAGUGUUGGCAGUAGGGGGAUAAAUUCCAGGAAACUGGAGGUUAUUUCGAAUGGUGAAGAUUUGGAGGAUUUAAUGCCACCACUUGACGAAGACAUGGAUCCAGACACUAAGAUGAGGGACAUACAGUUGGAGUUGCAGCGCUUACAGGUGCAAGAGCGGACGAUGCUGCUCAAGAAGCAACUUCUGCAUCUAGAAGCUUCCAGGAAGAAGCAAUUAACUCAGAGCAACACUUCACCCUCGAAUCGCUGCGUGUUGCCUAAUGGCAGGGUUGUAGUGCGUAACAUUCGUGAUCGCUACAACCAUAGAGAGAAAGUAGUCCAUUGGAGCUUGGAAUCACGCGACGAAGAUGACAGUUUUGCAGCCGGCGCCGGCGACUCUAACGAAAGGAAAAACGUCUGUUCCUGCAAAGAAAAGUACAAGACUCCUUGGGACCAACCAGGAAGCUCUGAAGGCAGUUCAACUCCGUCCACAUGCGUUCUGUGCCUUGAUGACUGUACCCGUAAACUGGACAGGCCGAUCCAAGCUAAGUCUGUCGCUAGUAAAUACACAGAUUUUAGCAAACAGUCCGAUUACUCGAGUAGAUGCGAUAAAACUACAGAGCUUAGUAGGAAAUCUGUAGCUAGUAAAACCACUGAUCUUAAAACUGAAUACAGCAAAACUGACACUGCUAAUCAAAAGUCCGACGUCACUAGCAAAAAGUUGGACAUCGCGAACAAAGGCAAGGGAAGGAGCGAUCUCACUUGCGAUUGCAACGAUUUUUAUGACGAUGACAGCGAUGAAGAAGUCGACGAGACUAACCGACUUAUUCAGUUGCGCAAUUCUGAUUAUAUGGAUAUUGUAGGUGACACCUUAAAAGUGGUCAUAGCAUUAGCUGGAUAUCCGAAAUCAAAGAUGCGUUUGCGUCAGAUGGAGUCAUUCCAAAGGUGUCUGGCUGAAGUCAUCGAUAUGCAACUAAAGAACGGCUUGCUGAAAAAAGUGCCAUCCUUUCUUGAUUAUUACUUGAAUAGGGGCGCGAUAGUUUGCGUCUGUAAAGAUUUGGACACCAGAAACUGGGUGGUACGCGUUUCACCCGGUUUACAAGAAAGAAUGUGCACCAACUUAAUUCUGCUGAAGUCAAAAGUGAAAAGGUUGUGUUUAGCUGUUAUGAAAAUACCCCGAUCUUGUUGGCCGGCAACGGCGCAAGAUGCUUUUAAACUCUUGCAAUAUUUCAAUCCGACGUUGAAAACUAAGCAGUGGAAAAUUUAUGCUCAGAAGUGUACAGAUAACGUCGAAACUACUUCCUUUCUUAUAGAUAGACUCUCUGGCGAAAUCAUCAGGGGGCCUACAUUUAAAAACGUACUAGACUACAGCCAGAUGGAGUUUGAACUAACCGGCUACACGGAGAUUUACUAUCAAUGUUUGAUGUCUGAUCUGGAAGAGGACAUAUGCAGCGUAGCGUCAAGGGUGAAACUUUUAGAAGAAAUACGAUCUGAAGAAACCACUCCUCGAAUCGCACGUGAAGAAGUUGAUUUUGAAAAACAAAAUGUUACAUACGCAGAAGAAGACGGAAAUUCUGGAAAAGUAGAAUUAUCUGAAGUAGUUAAGGAUUCUGACGAUGAAAACGUUUGCGACACUGAACGCAACACAGACGUGAAAAAAGAAUUUGAAAAUACGUUGCAGAAAGAAAUAUUGAAGAAACUGAAAGAUGUUAAAUACAUUAGCGGAGAAGGCGAAGUGAUCAUUUGGUCGGACGAAACAAAUAUUUAUAACAGUGACCCUGAGACUGACGUUAAGAAUGAAGAAGAAGGUGAAGGCGGAGCUCUGACAGAGAUUAUUACUGGAUCUGACAAAACCGAAUCGAUUAUCGAGAGUAAUGACAACCUUAUUGGUAGAGGCAGCAAUUUGAACAUUGAUAGUAACAGAGGAAUAGCAUACCAUAGAAGAACAAAUUAUUUACACGUCGAGAAUGAACUAAAAGUGGCAAUUACUCUAGAUGGAUAUCCACAGAAUAAAUUGGAAGGCACGCACAUUCGCAGACUGAAGCACUUAUUUAAGGAAUAUUUGCACAAAGACAUGAAAAUGCAACGCUUCGCCAAUUUGAUAAUUCCGAAGUUUCAAGACGUCUAUCUUUCUAACGGAGCCGUGAUUUACAUUUGUGAUAGUCUAGAAACUAAAGACUACCUGACUGAGGUUCUUCCUAAGUUUAUAAAUUCUACAGGCCUUAAAUUACAUUUUACAGAUAUCAAAAGUUUGGUGAGAUACACUAGAGUGGUAUUGCGUUUGUCCAAAGAACACGCUCACGUUGAAUCUAUUGAGAUUUUAUUGAAAUUGCGGGAAGUCUACCCUGGCUUGAAACCAGAUUGUUGGAAGUACUAUUCGGACGUUGCCGGAAAACAAAAGCGUCAGUUUGGUGUCGAUCCCGAUUCGUUAGAGGUUAUUAGGAGUCCCGAUUUCGAUCCGAUUUACGAAGGAGAGAAGUUGAUAUUCAGAAUCAUUGACAGGCAGAAGCGGGACGUAAGCUUUGACGGCACGAAUACUAAAGAUGUAGUUAUUGAAUCCAACGAUGGAAACAAAGUUGUCAAAGAUAAAGUAUUAAAGCUUAUGUAUGCCCCGAUAGAUCCUGAAAUUACUAAAAUACCCCUUACAAGACUGAGGACUUGCCAUUACUCUGACGUAAUAGCCGACGACCUUAAGUUAUAUGUAGGUCCAGCCAGCUAUCCUGAAACACGUAUAGACGAAAACCUCUUCCAUUCCAUCAAAAAAGCGUUCGAAGCUAUAAUUUGCGAUUCUUUUGAAAAAGAAGAACUUAACGAAGACUGUGUUCCUAAAUUCCACGACAUGUACUUGUUCGACGGAGUGAUAUUCAUUAUAUGCUGUGACCUAUAUUCUAGAGAAUGGAUGGAACGAAAUAUCAAAAACGUAAAUUCCAAAUUGGAUAUGAAUCUAAAGCCUACCGAAUUUAGAGGCGCAGUUGGAAUUAUUAGCAUGAUGGUGAAAACUACAAAGGACACAGAAGCAGUAAUAGCGGAUAUGCAGAAACUGAAUCCGAGAUUACGUACAAAGUAUUGGAGAAUUAUAAGCACAGUGCGUACUAGAACAAAACUUGACGUGAUUCUGCAGAUUGAUAAGUUGUCAGCUCAAGUUAUCACGAGCCCUGAUUUCAAUAAGACCAUAGAUGGUAGUGCAGUCAAAUUCAAAUUGGGACAUUUACAAUCCUUGCUUAAGCCUAAACUUAGCUUGGAAGCUCUGACUAAAUCGCACACCAAAAGAAUGGCUAAAUCCGAUGAUGAUAAAGUAUUGGAAUCGGCGAAACGGAAAACACCUCGUACACAGAAAACAAUUGAAGAAUUAAAGUCUGACAUAAAUGAGAAAUAUCCCGAUUUGAAAAUCGAGCAGUGGGACGUUAUAUCGAAUAAAGAAAAUUCAAUAAAAAUCUUUACCUAUGAAGAUUCAAAAGUAAUUGAAGACGGAGAAAAGAAUCUUCUCGCUGGCGAAACGGAAACUGCAAGCGAAGUGGGACCACAAAUGGAAAGAAUAUCCCCAGAAGAAAGUUACACAGGCGACAAGAAAGUAUUACUGAAAAUACCACCAAAACUUAUUCCAGACAACAAAGAAGAUUUGAAUAUACUAUUCGACCUACUCGAAGAUAAAAACCCGGGUUUGAAUACUGAACUGUGGCGUGUUUUUACUGCUUCCACGUAUCCUAAUAAUGGAAAAGUAUAUCUGUUCAUAGAUAAGCAAAGUGCUUACAUAAUACAGGGCAAGAAUUUCGAUCCCAUGGUCGGAGGGGAGAAGCUCAAGUUUAUUUUCUAAGAUUACAUUUGACUUUGCUUAGAAUACUACUAAGAAGGUUUUAUUAAAGGACUGUUAUGAUUUAUACUUUGCAUAAUUUUUGCUUCACAACUCUGCCUAAGAAAGUUUUAAAGAAGUAAGAUAUCUCUAAACUCUCUCUAUAAAUUAUAAUAAUUUAUAAUUAUGCAGAUCGAAUAUCGUGUAGGCUGAUGCCAAAAUCCGGAAAUAUUUCAUGAACUAACUUAUACAAAAUCACUUAUUGUUCGAUAUCAUAAUUCAGUUGCAUUAGAAGAGAUAAAAUCAUAAGUUAACUUAUGACAUCACGAGCUUUAAACAUUGGAUACUGAUAAGAAUCAUUCUUUACUUAGUAUUGAAAUAGAAUUCCCUCUAUUGGUAAUUAAGUACAUUUUGAACAACACUUUUCCUGCGUUUCUGUUAUGCCUAAACCACUUUACGAUUAACUUUAAGUUCCGGUACUUUUCGGAUAUUCGGAGAUAAACUAUAUUUCACAUUUCGUAAAUGAAUGCAAGUAUUUUAAAUAAUUUGUAUGAAGAAUUAUUAUAAUACGAUUAAUUUCACCCAUUUAUUGUUUAUGUUACUUUUAGUUAUUAUUAUUUAUGCCAUUUUUUACAUUUACAAUAAUAUUAAUAAUACAAUUUGUGAUUUUUAGGGUAAGUAUUAUUACAUUACUGUUUAAUUUUCUAGUUUUAGAUUUGUGCCGUUUUGAAUAAAUGAAGUCGUUAGAAUUAGCAGUUUUAUUUCUUAAUAUUCGAUAAUGAAGAAUAUUUUAUUAGUACUUAUACGAGGGAAGCCCGAGCGGGAGUUUAAGAUUUACUCGAGCGCGGCAGAAUUACGUAAGGGGGCAACCGUGCACCUUGUGAAGUACUACCACCAUACUUGAGCCCUUUAUAUAACUUUAAAUGUCAACAAUCGGCCAUAAUUUUUUAUCGCGUCCAAAUCGACAGUCUUUUGAAUUC